AUGGCGAACGACCCUCCGAGCCCCGUUGAACUCGUAUCUCUAGGGAUGUUCAUCAUCGACACGUUCUCGUUCACGGACAGCGAAGGUCGUCCCACGGGAAAGGUCAUCCCCCCGCAGAUCGGCGGAGGGGGCGUGUACGGCGCUAUCGGCGCGCGCAUCUGGCUCCCGCCCCAAAAGCUCGGAAUGAUCAUCGACAGAGGCAACGACUUUCCGCAGCCGAUCCAGGCCGCGCUGGACGCGUACGGCCCCGAGAUGUGGUUAUUCAGAGACAAUCCGGACCGGGGCACCACGCGGUCGCUGAACGCGUACCGCGGGGAACAGAGAACGUUCUCGUACCUCACGCCCCGGAUUCAAAUCACGCCGAGCGAUCUGGACAACACUCGGUUCGCCGGGGCGAAGAUGCUGCAUUUGAUCUGUGCGCCUUCUCGCUGUGGGUCGAUCGUGUCAGAGAUUUGGCAGCGACCGGGGUGGACGCCUAUCACGAUCUACGAGCCCGUGGAAUACUCAUGCGUCCCGGAAGAAUUGUCCCCGUUAAUUGAAGUGCUUCCGACGAUUUCUGUUUUGAGUCCAAAUGCCUCUGAGGCUCUUACGUUGCUCUCGCUCCCAGAUCCUUCAAGACCCAGCAAGGAUCUCGUCGAGAAAGCCGCGUCCCUGUUCCUAGAAUAUGGGGUUGGUCUCAAGGCGCUUGCGGUUGGCAGACACGACGGUUGCGUGAUCAUUCGCGCUGCCGAACAAGGCUGCUAUGUCAAAACUCGGAAUCAAGAAGGUGUUUGGAUAGAUGCGUACUGGACUGGACAACACGCUGACAAAGUCGUGGAUGUCACCGGGGCCGGCAACAGCUUCUUGGGAGGCUUGGCUGCUGGAUUCAGUCUCACAGACGACAUUUACGAAGCCGCAUUAUACGCGACAGUGUCCGCAUCGUUUGUGGUCGAGCAAGAAGGACUGCCCAGGCUUACCACGGAAGGAACAUAUGACGAGGGUCUGCUUCCGGAAUCGUGGAACGGGGACUCACCGAUGGCCAGGCUAUCACUGCUAAAGAGUCGGAUGGGGACACGGUCGCGGGCUCAGACACAGACAUGACGCAAAGCAACUAGUCAUCGUUGCGGGGUGGCUAUUACGGUCGGCGGGUAUACAACUAUAGAUACAACCUGUGCAGAGAAGACGAAGGAUUAUGCAGAUAUAUGUGUGUGACGGGGCGACUAUGGACAGCUAGAAGACAACGGAGAGGACGAUACUUGAUACCAUAUAGAUCGAUAACAAACCUGAGGAUAAGA